CUUCCGUGUCCAGCCUGACUGCCAGCCUCGCUGAGCGGUGGCCCCCUACGAGCUUCCCACCACAGAAGCCUCCCACACGCUGACCAUGUCUAUUAUGGACCACAGCCCCAGCACCGGCGUGGUCACGGUCAUCGUCAUCCUCAUCGCCAUCGCCGCCCUGGGGGCCCUGAUCCUGGGCUGCUGGUGCUACCUGCGGCUGCAGCGCAUCAGCCAGUCGGAGGACGAGGAGAGCAUCGUAGGGGAUGGCGACACCAAGGAGCCCUUCCUGCUGGUGCAGUAUUCAGCCAAGGGACCCUGCGUGGAGAGAAAGGCCAAGCUGACCCCCGGCGGCCCGGAAGUCCACGGCUGAGCUGGGAUGCAGAGGCUCCCGGGCCCGCCUGCAGCCCGCCGGGAGGCGCCGGAACACGCAGACGUGCUGCUGCCUGAGGGCUGACGCUGGCAUGGCCUCGCGGGCUUCACCAUCGCAUGCACUGACUCCCGGGGCUCCAGCCGUCCCGAGCAGGACGCCGUGGCCCUGGGCAUCCCCUGGGCCGCCUGGUGGGGCUGCCCAUUGCAGGCAGUGGGCAGGCCUGACCUUGCUGGGGCUCCUGGCCCCCUAGCGCUUUUGUUACUUGAAUGUUUAGCUGAGCCUGUUUUUGAUGGAGCUACUACUGUAACGCGCGAACUCACACACCUGUGAACUGUAAAUAGGCCCCCAGAGCACGUGCUUAAGCCCCUUUUGCUGAGUUUCUAAACCGUUGUAUAGAGCACAUGGGACCGACCACACUAAGGGUCAGCUGAGCCAAGGCUAGGGAGGAGGGUCUCAGGCUCGCCAGGCCCGAGGUGCCCUUGGCCAGGGGGGUGGGGGAGGGCCCUGGUGCGGGGGUGCAGAGGAAGUGGCCCGUUGGCUUGAAGUCUCGCAGUGGGCCAGUGGGGGUGCUUCGGUGAGCUCCGCUUGGUUAGCCGUGGAUGGAGAAGAGCCACGCCCCUCGCGAGGCUUCUAGGUAGAUUCGGAUGUUCGCGGCCAGUUCCUGUUGACGGUGGAGCAGUUGCAAGGAAGCUGUUUCGGCUGCUUGGGAGCCAGUGAAGGACAAGUCCAGAGUCCCGAGGGCUGCCCGUGGCCACGUAGCAGAGCAGUGUCUUGCCCCUCUGGCCUUGGCACGAGGAUGCCCGUCCCAGCCCCUGCCUUACCCUGUGAGCCCCGCCUUGCUCGCAUCGCUCUGACCCCCAUGGAAACAUCUGAGCCCAUGUGGCUUCUUCUACCUGAAACCCAGUUGGCUCAGAAAAGAGAAAAAAAAAAAUGUG